CUAUGCUACUCUAUAAAUAGAUCAUUACAUGUUUUUCUGCUAAUCAAGAAGUUGAAUUGGAUUGGGUAUACUUAUCAAAAAGAAGAUGAACAGCCUUGCAGUCUUGAGGAUGAUGUUCCUUCUUAUGUUCCUUGGGUGGCUCAUGGUCUGGGUUAUGUUGCCAUCAAAAAGUUACAAAAGCAACUGGACUCCCAAGCUAAAUAACAAGCUCAAUUCAACAUAUUUUGGAGGGCAAGGAACAAAUCUUCUUCUUUUCACUUUCCCCAUGAUGUUCAUAGCUGCUCUGGGAUGUGUCUAUCUCCAUCUUCAACAGAAAUCAAAGAAAUCUCACUCUGACAUAUCGACUCGGAGCGGCUGUCUGGCCUUAUGGAAACGCCCAGUGCUUGUGAUGGCUCCUCUGGGAAUUGUUACUGCAAUGGAGCUUGUUUUUGCUGCUAUGUUUGUUGCACUCUUGAUCUGGUCUCUUGCCAAUUACUUGCAUUUCAGCUUUGGGCACCUCCACAUGCCUAAACAAGGGGAGAAAGUGUGGCAAGCCAAGUUUCGGAGUGUAUCAUUGAGACUAGGGUAUAUUGGUAACACAUGCUGGGCCUUUCUGUUCUUUCCAGUAACUCGAGGAUCAUCCAUUUUGCCUCUGGUUGGUCUCACAUCGGAGUCUAGUAUCAAGUAUCAUAUCUGGCUUGGGCAUCUCUCAAUGAUCCUUUUCUGUGCACAUAGCAUAGGGUUCGUCAUCUACUGGGCCAUGACCAAUCAAAUGGCUUUGAUGCUAGAAUGGAGCAGAGAUUAUGUACCAAACAUAGCUGGAGAGAUUGCAUUCAUAUUGGCAUUAGCAAUGUGGGUGACAAGCUUUCCUCGAGUUAGAAGAAAGAUGUUUGAGCUAUUCUUCUACACACACCAUCUCUACACUCUCUACGUGUUCUUCUAUGCCUUGCACGUUGGGGUUGCCUACUUCUGCAUGAUCCUUCCUGGGGUCUUCCUCUUCCUCAUCGAUCGAUAUUUAAGAUUCUUACAGUCACGACACAAGGCCAGGCUAAUUUCAGCUCGACUUUUACCUUGUGGCACCUUUGAACUGAACUUCUCCAAGAGUGCAGGAUUGAUUUAUAACCCCACAAGCAUCUUGUUUGUGAAUGUACCAACCAUUUCAAAGCUUCAAUGGCACCCUUUCACUGUAAUAUCCAACUCCCAUAUGGAGCAGGAUAAGCUCAGCAUUGCCAUCAAAAGUGAGGGAAGUUGGUCUCAAAAGCUUUACAAAGAACUCUCUUCUUCUAUAGACCAUCUUGAAGUCUCCACUGAAGGACCCUAUGGACCCACAUCCUCUCCUUUUCUGAGACAUGAGUCUCUGGUGAUGAUCAGUGGAGGCAGUGGCAUUACUCCUUUCAUCUCCAUAAUCCGAGAGAUCAUAUUUCAAAGCACACAACCCAACUGCAGGAUUCCAAGAGUUCUACUCAUUUCUUGCUUCAAGAACUCAUCUGAUCUCACCAUGCUAGAUCUCUUUCUUCCCAUAUCCGACACCUCGUCCGAUAUCUCCCAAAUACAGCUGCAGAUUGAAGCCUAUGUCACAAGAGAGAAAGAGCAACCCCUUGAUGAUACUCAGAAGCUCCUGCAGACCAUAUGGUUUAAACCAAGUCCAUCUGAUUCACCCAUUUCUGCAGCCCUUGGUCCAAACAGUUGGCUUUGGCUUGGUGCAAUAAUAUCAUCCUCUUUGGUUAUGUUUCUACUCUUCUUGGGUAUUCUCACACGUUUCUACAUAUACCCCAUAGAUCACAACACCAACAAGAUUUACAAUUUCACCUCAAGAACUCUUUGGGAUAUCUUUUUUGUAUGUGUCUGUAUAUUCAUAGCCACCAGUGCCAUUUUUCUCUGGCAAACGAGACAAAAUACCUUUGAAGGGGGACAAAUUCAGAAAAUGGAAGUACCUACACCAACAACAUCACCAGGGUCAUGGUUAUAUGGUGCAGAUAGAGAGCUUGAAAGCCUUCCCUACCAAUCCCUUGUUCGUGCAACCAAGGUGCAUUUUGGGAUGAGGCCUGACCUAAAAAGGAUACUAUUCGAAUACAAAGGAUCGGAUGUUGGAGUUUUAGUAUGUGGACCAAGGAAGAUGAGACACGAAGUUGCAAGAAUAUGUUCUUCUGGUUUGGCUAAGAACCUGCACUUUGAGUCUAUUAGCUUUAGCUGGUGAUGAAUGCCUCUAUAUAUAUAUAUAUAUAUAAAUAAUACUCAAAAAUAAGUGAGGUUUCUGUGCCUCCGAUUGUGUGUGGUGUUUUUUUUUUUUUUUUCCUUUUUUCCAUUUUUUCUACUAAUUAUUGUUAGAAGGGGGUUUGUGUGUUGUAAUUGUUUAUGUAUAUGUAAAAGUUAAGUUCAAGAGACAUCCAAAAUGAUUCAUGAUUUAAUUUUAUUUAGAGUUGAUAAUCGAG